AUGUAUAUCAAUUUACAUCGAAACUAUGUCAGUAGACUUUUUACAUCCAAACAUUAUAUCGUGGUGCGACACGGAAUAGGAAUAAUGCUCCAACGAAAUUUUGUGCACAAUUUUCUACGGGUAUUGUUUGGAAUUACUUUGUUAAAUAUGGUCAAAUGCAAUGCUGAUGUUAGUCCAUUAGAGUUAUCAAUAACCAGAUUGGAAAAUAACAUUACAGCACAAUAUAGUGUGGUAUUUACUUAUUCUGAUGUUGGAAGAGUUCAGCUUAUCUGGUAUGAAGCAGACAUAGCAAAGAAGGAUGAUCAUCAGACCUUGGAUCCCGAAGGAUCCAAUGGUACAUCUUUGUUCACUACCAAUUCUACUGAGACUGUCAAACUGGAGGUGGUCCUACACAAUUACCUUAGAAUAUACUACUUCCACCAUCAUGAUGUGACCAACACAACUACAUUUUGUAUACCAUCAAAACAGGUAACAGCUGAACCGUCGGAUCUGAGAUACAGAUUUGGAAGCAUCCUACCUGGAAACCUGCUAAUUCACCCAAGCAAAGAUCCAGAUUUUGAAAUGGAAAUCAACUGGUCUUUGUUGACUGUUGAUUAUUCUCAAGAACAACCGGCCAUACAGGUCUACCAUCAAUGGAAAAUGAAGAGGACGUUCAAUCCACCUAUUGUGUAUAUAGAUAAACGAAUAGAAAACAAUACCACCAACAUCCUCUACGCUUUGUCAACAGAUCAACAGCGGCUUGAUGGUACUCUGAUAUGGUCUGUUUUGUUUGCAAGCACCAACCACGGUGUACCAUUAGAUCACAUAGUGUACAAACUAACACUUCCGGUUCUAGAGAGAAUAUAUACCGAACCGUAUGAUGAGAAUGUAUUGGGUUUUGUUAAUCAACAUCAAUCCAAAUACCCCGAUUGUUUGGAUAUGGAGUCUUGUGUGAUUACGUGUGAAGUUGUUGGGUUCUAUCCUUCAGAUAUUACUUUGUAUCGCAAUGACAAUUUUACAAAUUUCCAAAACGUUACCUUGUUUUCCAAGAUCGUUAGGCAUCACGAGUACGGGAUACUGGCACAUUUUACCAUCCCUUUAAUGACACAAGAACACGAAGGACUGUACAGAUGUGAGGCUAGGAACACUGUUGGUGUAUCAACGAGUAUUGGUAUUGAAUUAUUUUCCAGGAAACCUGUAAAUAUUUUACAUGAUGAAUCAAGUCUGGUUGAUUUUGAAGACGGGGAAGUUUAUGGAUUCACCUUGACAUGUUUAGCAAGAGGACAUCCUGCACCUACCAUGUCGUUUAGAAAGAACGACCCUCAUGGACAGACAAUAAGCAAUGGUACAAGUUACACUGUUGUAACGUCAUUUGAGGAUGAAAUUCACAGUAUAGUUUUAACGAUUCGACAAGUGGAUUACUCUGUAUUUAGCUAUGUUUGUGUGGCUGUCAACCAAUUCAAUAGGGACUAUUAUUCAUUUUAUCCUUGA